AUCAAACAUGAUGCAUUGUUGUAGUGGGAGGAGGAUGAUAACAAUAAUAAAAUGGAGCUUGUGUUUAUUCUUCUGCCUUUCUCACUCAACACUUGUUAUUACUAAAGACUUGUGUCUUCCAGACCAGAGGGAUGCUCUCUGGGACUUCAAGAACGAGUUCGAUCCCUCUAUUUAUGGUGAUAAGAAGACAGAGACGUGGAGGAACAACACAGAUUGCUGCUCUUGGGACGGUAUCUCUUGUGAUCCUAAAACGGGUAAGGUGGUAGAGUUAUACCUCAUGAACAGUUUUCUCAGUGGCCCUUUGAGAUAUGAUAGUAGUCUGUUUAGGCUACAACAUCUUCACAACGUUAAUCUUGGCUCGAAUAAUCUUUCGGGUAUGCUACCAGAUUCCAUAGAAAACCUCAAACAUUUGAGGGUUUUGAGUCUUGGUGGUUGCAAUCUCUUUGGAAAGAUUCCUUCUUCACUUGGAAAUCUUUCGCAUCUCACUAAUCUUGAUCUUUCUGCUAAUGAUUUCACCGGUGAGCUACCGGGUUCGAUGGGAAAUUUGAACAAGCUAACAGAGUUGCAUCUUGGAUCGGCCAAGCUCAGUGGGAACUUCCCUCGUGUCCUACUCAACUUGAGCUCGCUCGUCCGGAUCGACCUUGGUUAUAACCAGUUCAAAGGUAUGCUCCCGUCUAACUUGAGUAGCCUUUCCAAGCUGGAGUAUUUUGAUAUUAGUGGAAAUUCAUUUUCUGGAACCGUUCCAUCUUCUCUCUUCAUGAUACCUUCGUUGAUUAGCCUUUACCUAAGAGUUAACGAGUUCAGUGGUCCACUUGAUAUCGGGAAUAUCUCUUCACAAUCUAAUCUUCAAAACUUAUACAUUGGAGAAAACAAUUUCAGUGGGACAAUCUCAGGAUCUAUAUCGAGACUAGUCAGGCUAUCGUUUUUUAGCCUCUAUUUCUGGAGUGCAGGGAAGGGCAUAGUUGAUUUCAGCAUCUUCUUGCAUCUCAAGUCACUUGAAGGGCUUGAUCUUUCAGGGAUUCAUUUGAAUAUCAGUUCAACACUUCAUCUUCCCUCACCUAUAGACAUGUUGAUGUUAUCAUCCUGCAAUAUUUCAGAGUUUCCUAUGUUUCUACAAAACCAAACCAAUAUGUUCUAUUUAGACAUCUCUGCCAAUCAAAUUCAAGGCCAAAUACCAGAGUGGUUUUGGAGACUACCAGCUUUAAAGUUCGUAAACAUUGCUCAGAAUUUCUUCAGUGGAGAACUAACUAUGUUACCGGACUCUAUUGAGCACUUCCUAGGCUCUGAUAACCAGUUUUCGGGAGAGAUUCCUAGAUCAAUAUGCGAAUUAGAUAAUCUCGCAAUACUUGUUUUAUCCAACAACAACUUUAGCGGUUCUAUUCCAAGGUGUUUUAAGAAUUUCAAUACUAUCUCCAUCUUGCAUCUCCGGAAUAACAGUCUCUCUGGUGUUUUCCCAGAGGAAUUUAUCAGUGUGAAAUUGAUAUCACUUGAUGUUGGUAUGAAUUGGCUAUCAGGACAACUUCCCAAGUCUCUUAUCAACUGCACUAGUCUCGAGUUUCUGAACGUGGAAGACAACAGAAUCAAUGACACGUUUCCAUUUUGGUUGAGAUCACUGCCUGGUUUACAGAUUCUUGUCCUUCGUUUUAACGAGUUCCAUGGGCCAAUAUACUCUCCUGGAAGUUCUAUGGGUUUUCCCACGCUGCGAAUCUUUGACAUUUCGGAAAAUAGCUUCACGGGAGUCUUGCCAUCCGAGUACUUUGCGGGUUGGACUACAAUGUCAUCAGUGAGAGUAGCAAGAUUCGAUAGUAUUAUUGGUUUUGCAGUUGCAGGAAGUUCUCAAGCACCCUACCAUAACUAUGUGGUUCUGACGAUUAAAGGAUUGAAAUUGGCACUGGUAGGGAGUGGUUUCAAAAUCUACAAAAGCAUCGAUGUCUCUGGAAACAAAUUCGAAGGAGGUAUUCCUGAAUCCAUUGAUUUACUCAAGGAACUGAUUAUCCUCAACAUGUCAAACAACGCUUUCACAGGCCAUAUUCCACCAUCUCUGUCAAACUUGAGCGAUCUCCAAUCAUUGGAUCUAUCUCAAAACAUAUUAUCCGGCGAAAUCCCACCAGACAUCGGUAAACUCACUUUUUUGGCGUGGAUGAACUUCUCGUACAAUAGGCUAGAAGGUCCAAUACCACAAGCCACUCAGAUUCAGAGCCAGAACAUUUCUUCUUUCUCAGAGAACCCCGGGCUUUGUGGUGCUCCUCUCCUCAAAAAAUGUGGUGGAGAAGAAGAAGAAGAAGAAGGAACAAAGCAAGAACAAGAUGAAGAUGAAGAAAAGGAAGAGAAAGAUCAAGUCUUUAGCUGGAUUGCAGCUGCAGUAGGCUAUGUACCUGGUUUUUUCUGUGGACUCACCAUCGCCUACAUUCUCACUCCAUAGGGUAAGAGUUCCCCCAGCUUUUUCUACUUUUCUCCUUCGUGACACUGUAAAUAUGAUCAGUAAUAAGUGUCUUCUCUUUAAUAGUAUUGUUUGGGUCUCGUAUCAUCUUCAGAAUCUGUCUUUUUGUUGAGUUACUGUUAUUUUUACAUUUUUAUAUCGAGUCGCUGAAACCUUGUAAUGGAACAGUAGUAGUAAUACAAACAAACACAUCUUUUAAAGCUGAACUGGGGAAAAGAGAAAAACUCGCUGAUAUUAUUAUAAAGAAAGCCAACAAAAUACAACAAUUUCAAUAAGA